CUGAGACAGAGGAGAGAAACCAGGCUGACACACAGCAGCCGAUGUUCACAUGCAGGCACGAGACUCUCGGGAGCAAACACGCGUGUUUUCAUCAUACCAGCAGGCAGACUGAUGCAGAAACUCUGCUUCAAACUUCGUAGCAGCAUGUAGUCUGAGCGGCUUUGACUGCAAAUUGAAGCUUUCGCAUUUCUCUACAGAAACAAAAAUAAAAACGCAGGGGUGAACUUUGGGUGUUUGUGUCAGAUUACUCUGGUAGUCGUGAUGUUUGCGUCGUGGUUGGGCUGAAGGUGGCAGACAGCUGGAAACAGACGGAGCAGACGUGUCUUUCAGCACCAAGGACAGAGGAAACUGCGCAAUUUGAAGCCAGAAGCUCAUUUUAGCUCACAACCUUCAGUUUAGCGGAUUCUUCUUGGAAUAAAAGAGCCUCUUAUCACUAUAUGAUAAGAUAUAUAUCUUUAAGGCUUUUAAAAUAACCACUAAUGUUUCUUUUUUACAUCCUAAAAGGCAUAGUGAUCAUUUAGCACAAAUAACUCAGAGCUGAGAAGAAGGAACAUAAACCAUUUCAGUCUGGAUUAAUGGAUGAAUGAAUUGGGAGUUUUUAUAAACAUAGUCCCAGUUAGUGAGGAUCACGAGGUGCAGAAAAUGGCAGCUGCAAACAUCUUCCUCUUCACUUUGUGGACUGGCACCAUCUUCACUGCUACACUCUGCUGCCCUGAUCUCUGCACCUGCUCAGAUAAAUACAAUCGACAUUUUGCUGAAUGCUCCUACAAAAACCUAGUUGAAGUCCCAGAUAAUUUCCCCCCCAAUGUCACAACUGUGAGUCUCACCGUAAACAAGAUCAGUUUUAUACCACUCGGCAUCUUUGAUAACAUCACUCAGGUGACUUCUUUAUGGAUGGCCCAUAAUGAGAUUGUGUCGAUCGAACAAGGAAGCCUUCUACCUUUGAUCCAUCUGCGCAACUUUGACAUCAGUCAUAAUAGAAUAGUUGAUUUUCCUUGGGAGGAUCUCCAGAACUUUACAUCCCUGCAGCUGCUGAAAAUGAACCACAAUGAGCUGACCAACCUACCAAGAGAUGCCUUCUCCAAUCUCAAAGACCUGAGAUCCAUCCGAGUCAACAACAACAAAUUUACAACCCUGGCUGAGGGCACUUUUGAUGGUUUGUUAUCGCUGUCGCAUUUGCAGAUUCAUAACAAUCCUUUUGCAUGUACAUGCUCCUUGGACUGGUUCAGAGACUGGAUUUCAAAAGCCAGCAUCUCAGUUUCGGAUCAGAACUUGAUCACUUGUGCAAGUCCCAAGGAGCUCAAAGGAAAAGUGAUUGCCGACAUGACUGAGUCCAAGUGCACAAGCCCAAAUGUCACAAUACGAAUUGAGCCAAACAUUCAAACCACAAGUUUCUACGAGGACAGCAAAUUGGUCUUGACUUGUGAUUUUAAAGGAAACCCAAAGCCUCUGGUCAUGUGGAGCAUUCACAGCAAGACGGGUCGAAAAAAGGAACUGGCUUUGUCAUUUACGGAAGAUGACUCAGCAGAGUCUAACGAGGACUCCUCAAUGUCUUAUAACUCAGUUAAAGUCUUUAAUAACGGGACUCUUCUUAUUUCCAGCCUUAGGAAGGAAGAUGGCGGGACCUACAGCUGCUCUGCUACAAAUGAGUUUGGUAGAGCUGAUGAUUCAGUGUCAGUGGAGGUGGUGUCAAAACCAAAACCAACACCCCUAAGACAAAUGACCACUGCACUCACCUACACUAAAACAAACCCAUUUAUAACCCAAACAACAGAUAAACCAUCUGUUUUUAAUUCUGUGCAUCUUCCUGAUUUAAAGAAAAAAGACAUCCUGACCAUCAUGCCCACCUUUCCUCCGACUGCAGUCAUUAAUUCCAAGUCUCAUGAGGACACAAGAUAUCUGCCACAUUCUAGCAAAUGUGGCUUGACGGCUAACACAAAAAACAUUUCUAGCCAUGUCUUAAACCGAAGCCUGGAUGACAUAAAGCAAUACACGUUUGACUUUGGGGUCAUUGCAUUAGGGGUGUCAGAAACAGAGGUAACAGUGCGACUCAAUCCUUUACUCAUACCCCAAGCUAGGACCGCCAACCGAGCUCCUGACGCAUCUGAGAGCUACCAGACUGACAGCGACGAGCGCUUCGACCUCCCAGACGUCUUUGAAAAAGUCCAUUCAAAUGGCUUGUAUCUGUGUGUCACUUCUGACAGCAGACACACCGCUGUGCAGUGGUCCAGGAUCAAAGAAGGCAUUAACACAUAUCAGUUCAGCGGUUUACGACCUGGGACCAACUACUCCCUGUGUCUGACCUACAGAGGGGAGGACUGCGAAGUCCAGGUCCUGUUUGCCACGAGGAGGAGGGUGCCAAACCUGCUCAUCAUCAUCUCAGUCAGCAUCUGUCUCCUCACUGUGUCAACUGUGCCUCUGCUGGGCGCUACAUGCUUCCACCUGGUGUACAAAUACCGCAGCAAGACCUACAAGCUGAUCCUGAAGGCCAAAGACCAGUACCACAUGGAGAGGAACCUGGCCGCCAACUUAAGCUUGCACGCGCCUCACACCGAGUCUCAGAGGAAGAUUAAUGGCAGCCAGCUGGACGAGGAGGAUGGGGAGCUGGAGAGUGCAGACGAUGGGGAAAAAGAAGCAGAUACAGAGGAAAGUGUGGUGACGGAGUCUUUUACUUUGUCUCAGUGCAGGGGGAAUUUAGACGACUGCGAGAUGGGGUCUGAGUAUAGUGACAGAUUGCCUUUGGGAGCUGAAGCUGUUAAUAUCAUAAGCAACUAUAAAUAUCCAAAUCAGUAAUCUAAAGCUUUUUUUGUUUUGUUUUUUCAUUUAAUUAAAAAAAGUUAUGAUUUCCAACCAAUAGUUUAGUUUCUAUUUAGUCUGCUGUGCACUGAUUUGUCAUGACGACAUGAAUCGAUGUACAUUUAAACCACAACAGACAGUCAGUGACGGGAGCCAGCUACCAGGGUCUACUGAUGAGUGGAUUUCCAAACAUUGUGCAGAGAGCUAAAGUAAAUAUGACUGACUUUAAAUACAGUUAAGUGAUUACCAGAGAUAAGCUCGUCAAAAAUAGAUAUAAACUAUUAAGUAAAAAUGAAAAAGAUAGAAAAAGACAGACACCCCAACAAAGCUGUUAAUGUGUGUGCAGCUUCUUCUCUUUUGAAAACAAAUUUUCUUCUUUGAGAAAAAUGUUUAUUUGAUGCAGCUUCUCUCUUUUUAAUGCAGCUUCACAGAUAGAAGACCAUCAGAUUAGUGUAAAAACUGGAAGCAACACUUUGCUGGCAAACAGCUUUAGUUAGUUUACUAAAUUAUGUGAUCAGAUCUCUGCGUAUCAGUAGCAUACUAAUCUGCCCAUUUCAUGUGUCAUUUCUGAGUAUUUUAUGUUUUUUAUGUGUGUGUGUGUCACAUUAAAAAAAAAAAAAAAAAAAAACUGUGAGCAUUAGAGGGAAAUUCAGGGCAGUUCCUGACAUUUUACAUAGAAAUAAUGUGGCUCGGCACAAUCUUUCUCAAUUUAGGAAUGAAAAUAAUAAAAACAUUAAAUUGUACAUAUAGUCCACAUGUAGUGAUAGACAAUCAAUAGAUGCAUGUAUUUCAAAUUAAGGUGCAAUCGUUUAUCAAAAAAUAAUAUUAAAGGUGUUGAAUACUGUAGUUUUGUCCAAGCUCCUGGCAUCUCAUAGGUAUUAUUUGUAGUUGGAGCUCAGACACAUGCUGCUAUAUAAAACUUUGAGAACAAACUGCAUUGUAAGUUGAUUACUUUUGAACACAAUGUACUCAUAAUGUCACAGUAUCUGCAAACAUGCAUUCAUUCACUACUGUUUAGUUAGGU